AUGUUCAUACGAUCCUGCGUAGGUAGUGAAAAAGCCACUGUCAACGGCAAACAAAAAAUCCCUUCAGCCCACAAGAGACCGAAGAAGAAACCGAAACAUGUGGAAGAUGAAAGCGAUGAGCCACCACAGGAAGUGCCUCCAACAGCCUGCAUUCUGCUUCCUACACGACCUGGUUUCCUCCGAAAACCCUUUGAUGGAACGCCUCUUUCAAGCAGGAGGACCGAAAAGAUUGAGCAACUGGCACAAAAGGUCUUCCGUUCCGCCGGCCUUCAGCCCUCUAAACUCUCCGUCAUUCACUGCAACCACCCCCUAGUCCUGGCUGAAUUUGACAUCUCCCCUGAUAUCCGUAGUCGUGUUCUUGCGGAGUCAGGCGUCCGAAAACUAACAUAUGAGUGUCCUAUAGUAUGGACUACUUCUGCACGGGUCAAGGCUUUCAGAAAGACGGACAUAUCACCAAAGCAGCAGCAGGAGGAGGAAGCUCCACACAGCGACUCGGAGCCAGUGCCAGAUAACGCACUCGGUCUAAGCAGCGGCGAAGAUGGCCACACGGCAGGCGCAUCUAAAACGAAUGAGGACCUUCGAGGCAAGGCAACAGCUAUCCUUCUCAAAGAACUACCCUCAACUGUUAAGUAUACUACCUUCAGGACGAUGCUACCAUUUCGUUGUAAGUUGGAGCUUUUCAAAAAGUCCGGCAAACGCAAUGGUCUCCUCUCCUUCUCCACACCCACCGAGUGCGGCGCAGCCUUUGAUGCCCUGCAGUCUUUCGAAUACGAGGGCAGUAAGGUGGUUGCUUCCUUUGUACAGCCCCGAGCCAAGCCACCGGUCCCAAGUCCGGCCGAACUUUCAAAACUCUUGCCUUCUGACAAACAGGAGUACUGUCUCAACAUAACCAACAUUUCCUUUUCAACUUCACAGGAGAAGUUAGAAGAAAGCUUCCCAACUGCAGAGCACGUAAUUAUGCGUCGUCGAAAAGAUGGCAAGUCUAAAGGUUCAUGCAUGCUAUCAUUCUCGAAUGCGGAUGACUGUAAAACCGUGCUCGAUGCUUGCCGACACAAGGAAAUUGACGGCCGUCGAAUUGUCUGCACGAUGGGAACGUCAGAGGACCUUUCGGCCCUAGUUGCUGAGACGAUUGCAAGGGGGCUACCAAAGCGUAAACCCGACUUGGAGGGUUGUCAGUUAAAGCUUUUCAAUGUCCCCUACGACACCACAGAGCAGGAACUAAAGAAAAUCUUCCCCCAAUCCAGACACAUCUUCUUCCCCGAGGCCAAGGGCUCUCGGACAGGGUGA